GAAAAAAGAGUGAAUAUAUGUAGACGAAGAUGGUCAAAAAAUCUGAGGUUACAUGAGAUAAGAUUGAGAAAUUUAAAGAACCUAAAGCAUUAAAUGAAGAAUACAUAAAUGUAAUUUUCAAAGACUGUUUUUGAAAUAUAAAAAGGGUGACAAUGUCGUUUAUUAAUUAAUGACUAAGAAAUUCAUUUUAAGUAUUAUUUAGUUCCAACAUAAUUGCAUUGUUUAUUAGAAUGAAAGUACCACUUUCUGCGUAUUGUUGAUGCACUUUAAAAAUGAAAUUUUAUUACUAAAUUGUACACUGAAAAAUGUGAAUUCUGCAACUUGCAUACAUUAUAUUACGGGUCAUUCUUGUUUGGGACCAACAACUCAUUUGGGAAGCAGUUACUAGCCACAUGCGAUAUCAGGAAGAAGGCCUUGCACAGCUAUCAGCUGCUUUGCAAAGGACCAGGCCAGGCACGUCUAGUCAGCACUGGGAGGAAGAAGUCAGCCAAAGUCAGUUGGAGGUUGCAGAGUACAGGGAGACAGGGCAGAGAUGAGUGGGGGGGAGAGAAGAGGGUGUGAGGAAUUGAAGGGACCUCUGUGGCCAUAAAUGAGGGUGGGCUGUCAAACACCCAAAUGUUGAUAAUGUGACCAAAGGGAAACCACAGCAGCUAUAACUUCAAGGACUGAUCAUGAAUAUUUUUCCUCAAACAAAAAUUUUAUUAAAAAAUAAAUCAUUAUCUGACAUAACAUGUAGUUUGCAUACACUUUAGUGUGGUUUAAUAAGGGUCAGGGUGGCAACUUUAUAACUUUUCUUUUAAAAAAGCUAAUAGGAUAGUUUUCUUGUAAAAAGAUUGAGCAAUAUAAAGUACUCGUAAUAGUUUGUUCAGCACAGAGGUUUUUUUGAUUAAUCAUGAGAAAGCAAUGGAAGUCACUGUAUCAUGUAUACCGUUUAUUCUGUCUUACGUAUGAAAUAGAUGAAUUGUUUUUCAGUAAUAUUUCUCAUAAAAUCUCCAUCAGCUAAUUUUAUUUUAUUUUGUGUUUACUUUUUAGGUUAUAUUUCACACUAUGUGCUGACUGUCUGUACUUACAGAAACUAUUUAAAAACAGGUUUUUUUUCAAAAUAAAUUUGAUUCCAGUGGAAUCUGCUUUAGAUUUUGUCUUGUGAAGUAACUCUUGAAGCAAUGCCUGUACAAGCUCCACAAUGGACGGAUUUUCUCUCCUGCCCUAUUUGCACACAAACAUUCGACGAAACGAUCCGGAAACCCAUCAGUCUAGGUUGUGGCCACACAGUCUGCAAGAUGUGCCUGAACAAGCUCCAUCGGAAAGCAUGUCCUUUCGACCAGACCACUAUCAAUACAGACAUAGAACAUCUUCCUGUGAAUUCAGCUUUGCUGCAGCUUGUGGGUGCUCAAAUGCCAGAACAGCAACCAAUAAAUCUACGCAGUGGUGCUGAAGAUACUAAACAUUAUGAGGAAGCCAGGAAAUGUGUGGAAGAGCUAGCCUUAUACCUUAAACCGCUCAGCAGUGCAAGAGGUGUAGGAUUGAACAGCACAACUCAGAGUGUGCUUAGCCGACCCAUGCAAAGGAAGCUUGUGACAUUAGUCCAUUGCCAGCUGGUGGAAGAAGAAGGGCGGAUCCGAGCUAUGCGCGCAGCACGAUCUCUGGGUGAAAGAACUGUUACUGAGCUUAUUCUUCAGCACCAGAACCCCCAGCAAUUAUCUUCAAAUCUUUGGGCUGCAGUGAGGGCUAGAGGCUGUCAGUUCCUUGGACCAGCGAUGCAGGAGGAAGCCCUGAAGUUAGUUCUUUUAGCUUUAGAAGAUGGAUCUGCUUUAUCUCGAAAAGUCUUGGUUCUCUUUGUGGUACAGAGGUUGGAGCCACGAUUUCCUCAGGCUUCUAAAACCAGCAUUGGGCAUGUUGUCCAGCUUCUUUACAGAGCCUCCUGUUUCAAGGUGACUAAACGUGAUGAGGAUUCCUCUCUAAUGCAGCUGAAGGAAGAAUUCAGAACAUAUGAAGCUCUGAGACGAGAACAUGAUUCCCAAAUUGUACAAAUUGCCAUGGAGGCUGGUUUGCGGAUAGCUCCAGAUCAGUGGUCUUCAUUGCUAUAUGGAGACCAGUCUCACAAAUCCCAUAUGCAGUCCAUUAUUGACAAGUUGCAGACCCCAGCUUCUUUUGCACAGAGUGUUCAGGAAUUAACAAUUGCUCUCCAGAGGACUGGUGAUCCAGCUAAUUUGACCCGGCUUCGACCCCAUCUUGAACUUCUUGCAAAUAUUGAUCCCAGUCCAGAUGCUCCACCGCCGACGUGGGAACAACUUGAGAAUGGAUUAGUUGCUGUACGGACUGUGGUACAUGGACUGGUUGAUUACAUCCAGAAUCACAGCAAAAAAGGAGCAGAUCAGCAACAGCCACCUCAGCACAGCAAGUACAAGACGUAUAUGUGUCGAGAUAUGAAACAGAGAAGAGAAUGCCCCCGUGGGGCCAGCUGCACAUUUGCACACUCACAGGAAGAACUAGAAAAAUUUCGCAAGAUGAACAAACGUCUAGUUCCUCGAAGACCUUUGAGUGCCUCCUUGGGUCAACUAAAUGAAGUGGGCCUGCCAGCAGCAGCUAUUAUCUCAGAUGAAGCAACAGUGGACUUACCCAAUAGGAAACCCUCUACCUUGCCAAAUGGGAUUGUUUCACCAGGCAGUACAGUGACACAACUUAUCUCUCGUGGAACUGACUCCAGUUACGACUCGGUCAUGAAAUCUGGGAAGAUGGACCACCAUAGUAGUAGUGCUCCUGGAUCACCUCCUGAUUUGCUGGAACCCGUUUCCAAGAGCUCCCACCCAGGGCCCCCCCGAGGACCUACAGACUUGCCUCCAAUUUCAGUAGGCAAGCAGCUCCAAAUAGUUCCCCGAGGCUCCCAGUUGUACCCAGCUCAGCAAACUGAUGUGUUCUAUCCAGAUCCUCGAGGAACAGCUCCCCCAUUUGAGCCUCCAACCUAUCAAGCAGGUGUAUAUUAUCCUCCAGCUCAAUCACUACAGUGUAUGUCUCGAUUCGUCCGACCCCCAUCAUCUAUUCCUGAACCAGGUCCUCCUUUUGUAGAACAACAUUAUGCACCCUAUCUCCAAGAUCGCAUCAUGAACUCACAAUACAGUGCACAGCCACAGCAAUACCCUCCCAUGAGUCAACCUGUAUAUCCUCCCCAUUAUGACAGCAGACGUGUUUAUCCUGCUGCUCAGCCAUACCAACGGGAAGAUAUUAUCCGAGGAAGUCCUGUUCCAAUUGAAAUUUCUCCACCUGCUGUAUCACCAUACGUACCUGAAACAAGAGACAGAUACCAACAAGUGGAGGGCUACUAUCCAGUUGGACCACAUCUGAAUCAGAUUAGACCUUCAUAUCAUAGAGAGCAUUACACUCGUGCUCCCCCUCAGCCACACCCGAGUUUAGAUGAAUUGCAUCGAAGGCGAAAGGAAAUUAUGGCUCAGCUGGAAGAAAGGAAGGUCAUCUCCCCACCACCAUUUGCAUCAUCCCCAACCCUGCCUCAUUCUUUACACACUGAUGAGUACUUGGAUGAAGAUCUGAAGGUAGCAGGCAAAUACAAAGGAAAUGAUUACAGCCAGUACUCUCCCUGGUCGUGUGACACUAUUGGCUCCUACAUUGGAACCAAAGAUGCAAAACCCAAAGACAUUGUGGCAGUGGGUCUUGUGGAGAUGGUGAAUGUGGACAGCAAGGGAAUGCGAGAUCAACGUUUGGAUUUACAAAGGAGAGCCGCAGAGACUGGUGAUGAUGAUCUUAUUCCCUUUGGAGAUAGGCCUACAGUAUCAAGGUUUGGUGCCAUCUCACGUACUUCCAAAGCAAUGUACCAGAAUCCAGGCCCCAUGCAAGCCAUGACAGUUCAAGGGGCUUCUGCAAAACCAGUCAGUGUUUCAGGUAUAAA